AUGAUUUCUCUUUCUGAUUUCUUCAUUUUAUUUUAUUUACUGGUUUUCUCUUUCUUUUCAUUUUUCUUACAUCUAAACUCGCCAUUUCUUUUAACUCCUCCUCCUCUUCUUUUUUCUUUCUUUCUUUCUUGUUUUUCUUUCUUCUUUCUAUUCGGCCAAGGCUUAAUCUCUUUUCUUCCAUUAUAUGUUUUCAUAUUUGCUUUCCUUCGGCUUACCCUUUUUCUUAUCUUUCCUGUAUUCCUUCUAACUUUAUUGAUUUAUUCGCAUCCAUCCUCAUUUCUUGCUACCCUUUCUUUCUCCUUUUCUCUUCAUUUCUCUCCACUAAUUCUUUUUUUCUUCUUUUAUAUUUCUCCUUUGUAUUAUUUUUAUAGAGUAUUAUCAUUCUUUCUUUCUUUCUUUCUUUCUUUCUUUCUUUCUUUCUUUCUUUCUUUCUUUCGUACUGAAUGCUUCUUUUUCUUUCCCUUUUCUUCAAUUUUACUUUAUCUCUUCCUACAACUUACUUCUCUCUUUUCUCUCUCUCCCUAUCUCCCACCUCUCUCUCUCUCUCUCUCUCUCUCUCUCUCUCUCUCUCACUGGUGUUUCCUUUCCUUAAGUCUUAUGUACUUUCAUGUUUUCACAAGUACUUUUCACCCUCCCACCUAUAUCCUUCUCUUCAACUUUGACACAUUGUAA